CUUCUCUGUUUUUGCUUUGAAAUAUGUGAGAUGAUCUGGAGCUGUGUGAUAGGCAAUUGGGGUUUUCUGUAUUCUUUUUCAUCUUAUUUAUAUCACUAUAUGAGCUUGUUUGCAUUGAGUUAAAGUCCCAAGCUUUGGUUUUGGUUCAUUUUAAACUUGUUGCCACUUUAUUGGUGGGUUUAGCAGCUCAUUGUGGGGGCAUAGAUUUGAUCGAAGUAAGCGUCAAGUUUAUACAAGUGGACUUCAGUGUUCUAUUGGAUUGGGGAACUGGAUUGGGGAACUAAGUUGAUGUACAAUUUUUGUGGCCUUCAUUUUAGACAAAAUAUUUAAAGGAUGAGAAAGUGUAUCCAGAGAGAUUAACUGGUGGAAAAAGGAAGAAUCAUUUGAACUGAGAUGCAAAUGGCUUCAAGAGUGCAGACUGAUGAAGACGCUGGUGAAAGAAGUAAAGUGUGGAUUUUGGAUCAGAAGCUUGAUCAGCCCAUGGAGGAGGAAGCUAAGAGGCUUAGAAACAUGUACAAGGAAAAGAAAUUUUCAGCAUCAAUGGUUCUUCAACUUGCAUUCCAAAGCCUUGGAGUAGUCUACGGAGAUUUGGGCACGUCUCCCUUGUAUGUUUUCUACAACACAUUUCCUUCUCGAAUUGAAGACCCAGAGGAUGUGAUUGGAGCUUUAUCAUUGAUUAUAUAUUCCCUUAGUCUUGUUCCACUCCUCAAAUACGUUUUUAUUGUUUGUAGAGCAAAUGACAAUGGUCAAGGUGGAACAUUUGCUCUUUAUUCUCUACUUUGUCGGCAUGCAAACAUAAAGAUUAUUCCUAACCAAGAUCGGACUGAUGAGGAACUAACAACUUAUAGCCGUUCUGUAUUCCCUGCUGAACAGUCAUUUGCUGCAAGAACCAAAAGAUGGUUGGAGGGAAAUGCAUUCAAGAAAAAUGCACUUCUUGUUCUUGUACUUAUUGGGACUUGCAUGGUGAUUGGGGAUGGGAUCCUGACUCCAGCUAUAUCAGUUCUAUCUGCUGUUGGUGGGAUAAAUGUGGGCCACCCCGUGAUAAAUAAUGAUGUAGUUGUGCUUGUUGCUGUUGCUAUAAUAGUAGGUUUAUUUAGCAUGCAACACUAUGGUACAGAUAAAGUUGGUUGGUUAUUUGCUCCAGUUGUUCUUGUUUGGUUUCUCUUAAUUGGAGGUAUUGGCAUGUUCAAUAUUUGGAGAUAUGAUAGCAGUGUCUUGAAAGCUUUUUCUCCAGUUUGUAUAUAUCGUUACUUUAGAAGGGGAGGGAGAGACAGCUGGACAUCCCUUGGAGGUAUUAUGCUUAGUAUAACAGGAACGGAGGCACUUUUUGCUGACCUAUCCCAUUUUCCAGUUUCAUCCAUACAGAUUGCUUUCACAGUAAUUGUAUUUCCUUGCCUUCUUUUAGCCUAUUCUGGACAAGCAGCAUAUCUUUUGAAGAACCCAGAUAAUGUCGGGGGUGCAUUUUAUCAUUCAAUUCCAGAUAGCAUAUAUUGGCCAGUGUUUCUUGUUGCAACUGCAGCUGCUGUUGUUGCAAGUCAGGCUACCAUAUCUGCAACCUUUUCAUUAGUUAAGCAGGCCCUUGCACUUGGCUGUUUCCCAAGAGUGAAAGUUGUACAUACCUCAAAGACGUUCCCUAACCAGAUAUAUAUUCCAGAUAUUAAUUGGAUCCUUAUGAUUCUUUGCAUUGCGGUGACAGCUGGAUUCAGAAAUCAAACCCAAAUUGGAAAUGCUUCUGGGACUGCAGUUGUGAUAGUCAUGCUGGUAACCACAUUUCUUAUGACUCUGAUCAUGAUACUGGUGUGGCGCUGCCAUUGGAUAAUUGUGCUGAUCUUCACUGGAUUAUCACUGGUUGUGGAGUGUACUUACUUCUCUGCUGUACUACUGAAGGUGAAUCAAGGUGGUUGGGUACCUCUUGUGAUUGCAGCAGCCUUUUAUAUCAUCAUGUACGUUUGGCAUUAUGGUACAGUGAAACGCUUUGAGACUGAGUUGCACAGUAAGGUUUCAAUGGCAUGGAUUCUUGGGCUUGGCCCCAGUCUAGGACUCGUCCGGGUCCCUGGGAUAGGACUUGUGUACACUGAGCUUGCAAGUGGAGUACCCCACAUCUUUUCCCACUUCAUCACCAACCUACCCGCAAUUCACUCCGUUGUUGUGUUUGUCUGUGUGAAGUACCUUCCUGUCCACAAGGUCCCAGAAGAAGAGAGGUUCCUUGUAAAGCGGAUUGGACCCAAAAAAUUUCACAUGUUCCGUUGUGUUGCAAGAUAUGGCUAUCAAGACCUCCAUAAGAAAGAUCAUGAAUUUGAGAAAAAGCUCUUUGAUAACCUCUUCCUGUUUGCUCGGUAUGAGUCCUUGAUGGAAGGGGGUUCAGACUCAGACUUGUCUGGUUUAGUUGAUGAGCAAACCGCACAGUCAGGCAACACCCUCGAGAAUGAUAAUGGCAACACAGUCUCAUCAGAGGACUCAAUUGUGCCCAUUAAUUCUUCAUCACAUGCAAGCAAUACCAUCAGGUCGUACGGUCAAGCAAGCAGCCAGAUUGAGAUUGAUGAGUUAGAAUUCUUGAAUACUUGUAGAGAUGUGGGGGUGGUGCACAUAUUGGGUAAUUCAGUAGUGAAGGCUAGGAGGGAUUCAAAGUUCUUCAAGAAGAUAGCCAUUGAUUACAUAUAUGCAUUUCUUAGGAAGAUAUGCAGGGAAAACAGUGCCAUCUUCAAUGUUCCUCAAGAGAGUCUCCUGAAUGUUGGCCAGAUAUUAUAUGUAUGAUGCGCUGGUUCUCUCCAUACUCAUUGUAAUUUGUUGAUGCCAGUAUCAACUUUGUGAGCUCUGGUGAGAAGAGGGGUAACAUUGCUCACCUUUACCAUAUCUAGAUUUAAAGGAAUAACAGUAUCCAUGGGGCUGCUAUCAAGGAUGAGGAAUCUGUCUGAGAAUAUAUAUAUUAUCUAUAAAAUACAGAUGUGAGAUACAAGCAAAUUGGCUGUAAUGAUUUCAAGUAUUCAUACCACAACAAGAAGCUUUCUGAAAAGUGGGGGUGUUCCAGAGAACAUACUGAGUUAGCGGGAUCUAUCUUUUUGUUUGUUUAUCAUCAGUUUUAGGUAUGAUUUUAACCUUUUUGUAAUCAACCAAAAGUGUUUUCGAGUGGCUGCUUGCAGCCUUGCCUUGCCUCUUGAUGUAUUGGACCUUUCUUUCUUUUAGUGAAUUUCUUAUUCAGCAAAAA